CUGGCAUGUCAGGGCACAUACACUGAGGCAACAUAUCGCAUCGCAUACGCUCACACAAAAACAUGGAUUCCUGAGUGCUUCCACCCUUCUUUCCUAGAUUGAGAAACUUUAUGCAUUUUCACAUAAACAACUAUUUCACCCAAAGCAGCCCAGUAAUUCUGUCUGUAUUUCUGUAGCAACAACAACAACAACAACUGAGGAGCCACUAAACAGGGAAACCUGAAAGCAUGGAUCCUGGAGAAAACUGGAUUCCUGAGGAUGUUCUUCAAAGUCUGGAGCAAAACCGACUUAACCAGCACUCUCUAGACAUGCAGCAAAGUAACAUCAUCCAUUUCCUUGGUGCAUAUCCUUGCUACCUUUUGCCUACCCACUCAGCAGCAGACAUGCAUGUUGCUGAGGACGGCAUGUCGGGAACCGUGCUUCAGAGGCUUAUGCAAGAACAUCUGCAAUACGAAACAAGUGGAACCAGACGAGGCUUACAAAACGACAGCUCUCAGAUGCAAAGCAAUCCCAUGUCUACAGAGAACCUGCUCUUACAAGAGGAGGGUCAAGUAGCCCAUUUGUAUCAGCCUAUACCCCCACAGAGUCAGUCACGACAGGAACCUCAAGGUCAGGAGCAUCAAGUGGACAGCUGCUCCAUGGAGAAGAGCAGUGGAGUGGGUCAGGUUGUAGGUAGAACAGUCCAGACAAAACCAACCUUUGAGACCCUUGAGCUUCCAUCUUAUGAGGAGGCUAAAACCCAGUCUCACCUGUACAGAGUACACCAGAGUCCAAUUAACACUAUGUCCCAAAACCUAGAAUACACCCACCAGAGUCUUCAAAAUUCAGACAUCCCAAACCAGACUUUUCAAAACAAUCUGCAACAAAAUCAGAACCUGGUCCUUCACAAGGAAGGCCAUAAAAACGUUGUGCACAAAAGUCAGCAGCAAGACAACCACGUCCAACAGACGCAACAGAUUUCAAUAGUGUCUGACAACCCCACAGGCUCACAAUCCUGUCCUCCAUCACUUUGCAAUGCACAUUCACUAUCCUCACCUCCUUCCCUUACAUCUUCUUCCACCUCUCUCUCCACGGUACCUGUGAAAGCCCGUGUGGAGGGUCGAGCGUGGGUCCAGCGAGGGGUAACUGCUGGUACGACUCUUCGGGAUGAAGGCCUGGCAGAAUUAAAACAGGGUCAUGUUCGUUCGCUCAGUGAAAGGCUCAUGCAACUCAGCUUAGAAUGCAAUGAAGCUAAGCAAAGUGGGGGACCCUCCAGUUCUCCCUGCCCAGGAGACACUACACCUUGUGGAGUUGAGAGUACAGAAAAUGCCCCCUCACCAACUAGCAAGACCUCUACAAUUACCUUUCUACCUCCGCCACCACUCCUAGCAUCACCACAAUUGUCUUUGGAACAAAGAGGUCCUCCCCCAGAAUAUCCCUUUAAGUUCAAGGUACAAACAAUGCUUCCAGCCACAUUAAACUCCAACCCAAGGUCUCUGGAACAUGUCCCACUCUACAGUGACACCUUGACAGCAGCCGUGAUGGAGACAGUGCCACAUACAAAUGUAGCGAGGCAGCACCCAAUAUCUCUAAGUGCUUCAUCACAGCACCAACAGCAGAACUGCCCUAUGUUCUCAGAGAGCUUUAUCCUGCCCUCUCAGGCUUCUCAAUGGCCGUAUCAGGCUGUAUCUCUAUCUCAGUCUCCGGGAUUUCCUGCAGCUCAAAUUGGAUCUUUGAUAAAGGGACUGUCUCUUCGUAACGCCCCUUUAGGACAGCCUUUCCCAGGGGAAGCAUUUGCCACGGUGAGCCAUGCACAGCAGAUGAUGGAGAUCUUAAAAGAGGAGAACCAAAGCCUUAGACAAGAGCUUCACAAGCAAAAUGAAAAAGCCGGCAAACUACAACGGAUGGUGGUGGAGGUUGAGCACCUGUCUGAGGCAUAUGAGAGUUUAGUGAAGAGCUCAUCCAAACGAGAGGCUCUGGAUAAAACCAUGAGGAAUAAACUAGAGGGAGAGAUCAGACGCCUUCAUGACUUCAACAGAGACUUGAGAGACCGUUUGGAAACAGCCAAUCAGCAACUAGCCAAUCAGGAGUUGAAUGGACAAGAGGAUGGUCUCUUGUAUCUUUCACUUAGAAGAGAAAGCUUGAAAGAUCUGGAGAAAUUCGAGAUAGAGGCAGCCAGCCUCCGAUCAGCCAAUGAGGAUCAGCGGCGACACAUUGAGAUCUUAGAACAGGCUUUGAAUAAUGCUCAGAGUAAAGCCAUCAGAUUAGAGGAAGAGUUGAGUAAAAAGCAGAUGUAUGUGGAGCGGGUGGAGCGGUUGCAGCAGGCACUAGCACAGCUCCAAUUUGCAUGUGAGAAACGAGAGCAGCUGGAGAAACGUCUGCGUACCCGCCUGGAGAGAGAACUGGAGGCACUGCGAACUCAACAGCGUGCUGGUGUAGGUGUUCCCCUCGCUGUGUGUAAGUCCAGUGCCCCUGCACUGCUGGAUCUGCUGAGGGAGAGAGAGGAGAGGAUUCUGGGAUUGGAGGCUGAUAUGAUGCGCUGGGAGCAAAAGUACUUGGAGGAGAGUGCAAUGAGACACUUCGCUAUGGAGGCAGCUGCUACAGCCGCAGCACAGAGAGACACAACUAUAAUUCAGCAUUCUCGCAGUGGCAGUUACAGUGAUGGCUCGCUGUGGCAGCAUGAGGAUGAGAACAGAGCCCAGAGCAGUCGCCGCUGCCAGGAUAUGGAGCAAAGGAUGAAGGACUUGCAUGCUCAGCUGCUGGCAAAAGAUGCCAUGAUUAAAGUCCUACAACAUCGUUCCCGUCGAGAACCUGCCCCUCUUCGCCCUGCCCAUUCUGUGCCCUCCAUUUCUAUUGCAACAGGACUGCAUGCACGGCAGACCUCGCAGACUGAUCGAAGAGAUCAGCAAAGCUUGAAGGGCAGUACGAGUGUACUCUUGGGAAAAGACCCAGUAGAGAAAAUCAUCCCCUCUCUUCCCUCUGUUUCGCUGUCUGUCUCUUCACUGCUCUCUUCAUCAUUCUCCUCUCUGCCCUCCUCUUUUCCUUCCUUCCUGGCCUCUGCAGGUUCAAGCACAUCUUUAAUAAACUCAUCCUCAUGUCUUCCCCGCUCCAUCCCUCCUCCUUCCUCCUCCAUGUUACCUUUGCCCUCCUCAACCGCUCCCCAGCCUCCUGCAUCUUUCUCUCUUCCCUCCACUCCUCUCCUGUCCCUUCAUUCUAAAUCAGCCAGCAGAGACAGCAGCAGGCAAACAGGCCAGAGUCAACAGAUGUUUAGAUCUUUAUCCACCACAAGACAAGAGUUGAAAGAAUCUCCAUCCACCCAGAGUAAAACCCUAGAUGGCCGAGCACAGCUAAGUGGAGGACAGAAGCUGCCCCUGCCUGACCUGGACUUGGUGGAGAUCCUCAUCUGAUAGAACAGCCCUGGAAUAUCUGUAGCAUUCCUACAGAAAGCACAGCAUUCGAGAGAGAGAGAGAGAGAGAGAGAGAGAGAGACUGGGAGAGCAGGGAAGUGAAAAGAAAAUAUGAGAGAGACGGAAAGAGAAAGAACAAAAGUAAUAAAGUCUCUGUUUAGACCUGUUAUUAAGAUUGUUUUGGGCGAUCUGAUCGCAAGACAUCUGAUGCCUAUGCUAAGAUCUGCCAGUGAUCAUUGUUACUGCAUGAUAAUAAACCACGAAGUAAAAUAACUAAAAAUGAAACCAAUAAAGCAAAUACAUGAUGUUUAGAGCAGAACUCUUGUUUUAGUGCAGUGGUUAAUUGAGUAGUAGUAGGCGGUGCUUCGCUGGUCUUCAAAUGCAUUUGAAUGGAUGAGUUUACACUAUGAGCCCAAUGUGGUGACAUGUGUUUGUGUCCACCUCUGAAUGUGGUUGAAGGGGACAAAUCUCAAAACAUUUUGGACCGUUUACACCUUUAGUGUCUUAAUUGUCAUCCCAUUUCAAACGGAUCAAUUGAAAUGCAUCUUAAUACCAAAGAGAGAGCAGAAAAGAGUGAGAAGAGGUGACUCCACCUGCUUAUUAAAGAAAUAUUCUGGGUUCAAUACAAGUUUAGGCAUAAUGUUUAUUACCACAAAUAGAUCAUUAUGACUAAUCCCUUCUUUGAGGUUGAGGGACUUACUGUACAGUGGAAGUAUAUGGGGACCAAUUUUGGAGGGUUUAAAGCAGAAAUGUGAAUCUUAUUAUUUUAGAAAAGCACUUAUAUUAAUUCUUCUACAUUAAGUAAUUUUAUGGUUUAGGGUUUACAUCGCCAUAGCAACGAAGGUCUAAAACCGUAUAGAACAUUAUACACAAAAAAGGUUAAUAAGUGAUUUCACACUAAAUUCAUGUUAACACACAUAUUGUUUUUUGUUUUGUGGCUAUACUUUUGAAACAGCAAGUAUUUUGACGUUUACAUAUUGGCCCUAUUCACUUCCAGUGUUCUCACAAAACCUGUCAAGUAAAUGUUUUGCUAAUAUUUAAACCCAAAGCAAUAGGUAACAAAAAUAUUUUUUUUUAAAUUAUUUUUUUGCAUAAAGAUAAUGUAGCCUACAUUUAGGGCCAACAUUUUUUGGCAUUGUGACAUUAUUUUCCAGUUGUUUACAUUCAUGAUUCUCAUUUGCAUAAUACAGUAAAUUUUAAAACUUUAUUAUAGUAAAAAAUGUACUUUUGUACAAUGAUUUUUUAUUUAUUAUUAAAAUCAGCAAGGAUUAAAGGCAGUACCAAGGGAAUAUUUCUGUGAUGUAUGUAUACUUUACCAUUUAAAUUAUAUAUAAUUUUAUAUUAGAAUAUCAUAGUGAUCUUGUUUUCGCAUUGUGAUUAUGAGAAUUUGGAGGUUAAAUGUGCAUAACUGUCUUGAAGUCACAAAGUAAAAAUCCUUAAGGCCCAAAAAUAGUCUUAAUUUUAUAAAUGCAAAGUACUUAUUUGUUUCAUUUGAUUGUGGAGUAAAAUAGGACCAGGACAUUUUCUUGACAGGAUUCAGUUGACCACAAAAACAAUUAAGGUUAAUUAAAUCCGCCUCAGUCUGUUUAUUACAUAAACACUUAAAAUAUAUAUAUAUAUAUAUAUAUAUAUAUAUAUAUAUAUAUAUAUAUAUUAAAAAAUAAAUUGUGGCACAUUAGAUUCAGUAAAGUACCCUCUUCUUAAAAAUAUUUUUUUUUAAUUAUGCAAAAUUCUUACAUUGGCUUUUCACACUAUGCUAAACCCUGGAUUAAUGCCACUUUUAACCCUGGGUAAGUUUUUAAAGGGGGUUAUCAAACCCUGCUUCAGGUACUUACCACAAAUUGUGUUGCCAAAGGUAUACAGAGUGAAACGAUGCAGUGUUAGAAUGUAAAAGCCAGUUGUUCAUCAACAGAUCAACAACCAAUUAUAAACUGUAACAUGCAGAUAUCGUUAACUCAGGGUUUACAUACGUAUAGUAUAAUAUCUCAAAAUGUGAAAACCCAUGAUUAAUUUCUACCCCAGGGUAAAGUAUAAAUAUGGAACAAGAUAACUCAGGAUUACCGUAACAAUUUAAGUGUUAAAAGCCCAUAUGUGGUUCUUUAGAGAUUUUUGAUGUUGCAUUUAUAGGUUCUUCAGAUUGGUUUUCCCCAGUGCAUUAUCUAAAGAACCAGAGAUUAAAAUAUUCUUUGCAGAAUAUAUAAAGGUACACAUAUGACUCCAUCAGGUUGCAAAACACUUUGGUUCUAAUCAGGGUCCAUAUUCACAAAAAAAUCUUAAGGCUAAAAGUAGCUGCUAGCGUGGAAUUUAGGAGCAACUAAUAAAAAUUAGGGGUGUCAUUACUAAUUUUAGUACUUGUAAAAUUUUAAUCUAAGAGUAAUUCAUGAAGCAUUUUAACACUAAAAGUAGCUCCUAAACCCUCAACUAUGGACUUCUAACUCCCUAAGAGUGACUCACAAACGAUACGAAACAUGACUUCUUGAGAUGCAGUUACCUAUCCCACAAACCAAAACUACCCAAUUACACCGGAGAUAAAGGAUUUGGAAACUCAAAAUAAAACUGUGAAGCUGGGAUUAAUUGCGAAGUUCUGCCAUCCAUCUGCAGAAUAAUCUAUCAAACUAUAUAAUAUGCUAAAAAUAAGUUUUAAGCAAAAACUCCUGGCUUGGAACUCUUUGGAGAACUCCUAGUGGUAAGAUAAAAAUCUUUGUGAAUACGGGCCCAGAACAUUUAUGUUAAAGUAUGUAUUGAAUGUCUUAAGAUGCCUUCUGUCUUAAUUUUUCAACUGCCCCUUGUAUAAGCGCAUUCCAUGGAGCUUUUUUCUAGGACAAAAGUUGUUUAUAUCAUUAGAGCAAUAUUUUGUGUGGGUGUAUCUACAGAAAAUAUAUUGUUACAUGUACAGAAAUUAUAGCUUUAUUCUCUGACUAAAGCCGGUGUCACACUAGCUGAUAUUUUUCUGCGAUUUUCAAGUGUAAUCUUCAUUGACAUAAUCGCCAGCCAGUAGCUGAAAGAUGGAGCGUGCAUUAGCGUCUGUCAGCAGGAGGUCGAUGAUCCCUUGGCCGUCGGGUCUCUCUUCUGAUUUAAUGAUUCCAGGAUCUGGAAAAGCACAUCAAAAUGGUUAGAAAAAUUUGGUCUGUUGCAAGGCGGGCUCUUGUGUUCCCAUCAAGUGACCAAUGAGCUCCAUAUUUUAUGGAAGAACUGACAAGACGUCAUGCUGAUGAUUUUCAUCAGGGAUCGCACUCAGCUGCAUAUCGUCACAAAUGCAGAUUGUAAUCCAAAGUGAUUCUGUCUCCAAGCAUUUUUCCUGGGGUUCUCCUAAACUAAAAUGACUAAUGAAAUCAGAAAGCGGAGGCAAUAUGGUUUAUUUUUACAGAAUGUAAUUUCUUUAAUUUUAUUUCUUUUUAAAUAUAAAUAAUUUCUUUAUUUCUGCAUAUGGAAAUGCAUGUUAUAUGGCAAGCCUCAAGGGGAUAAAUACACAAUCACACAUUCACAAGGUACAUUUCCUUCAUGAAUCGCACCCUAAAUCACUUUAUUACAAUUGUUUAUGUUCACGCGGUACUCCUGUUGUUAUUUUGGCGAGCUCCACGUGACAGGGACUCAGAGAGAGAGAGAGAGAGAGAGAAAGAGAGAGAGAGACAGUCGGGGGAAUUGUUGUGUCUGUCACCCUUCCAUCAUUUUGUAUCAGCAAGUGUGUCAUACCUCCGAUUGAAGAGAGUGAGAUCUCAGCAAAACAGUCUGUAAAUGUGAAACACUUGGCCAAAAAUAGAGUUGUUUUUGAUGUCUGCUAGUUUGGCGCUGGCUUAAACGAGUGAAUGUUGUGUUUAUGGAUUGAACUUGCUGCAAAUAAGAGUUGUGAUUAAAAAA